AUGCAAUUAGCGUUUCUGGGCUUUGAAGCCGCUUUCGACGCUCCUCAUCGAGGCCGUCUUCUCAACGCGCUCCUCACCGAUGGAGUACCAGGGAAGUUCGUUCGCUCGCUUGAUGAUAUGAAUCAACGAACAACUGCUGCAGUUCGAACACCAGCCGGAUGUACAAGACCGUUCGAGGUAGUAACGGGAGUAAGACAAGGGGAGGUGGCAGGGCCCUUCCUGUUCAAUUUUGCCAUCGGCGACAUUAUGCGAAGAACCGAAUUCUGUUCCUCUACCUUCGAUGUUCUUUUCAUAUAUUAA